UCGGAUUUUCACGGCUGCAAAAUGACGGCGAUCGAGUGCUCAUUCAAGGCAAUAGUAGAGAAAUCGAAGAUAAUGUUUCAGUGCGGCACGUCGUCAGGAACAUCAGCACCCCAGAACAGGUCCUUGUUGCUUGUCUUACACGCUUUCGAUAGGCAUUGCCGACAACAACACGCAUUAUGAAUAGCCUCCCCGUAUUCUCAACCAUCGCUGAUCUUUGCUCCUUCACUUCCCUACUAUAAUACGAACCCUCUCAUACCUCUGUAACACAUCCGGAACCGAUCUUCCUCGCGAAAGUUAUAAGACUAAUACCAUGGAUCGAGUCAGUAGCAGCCGUUCGUAUCGUUCCCUGACCUUGCCUUACGUUCCUAUUCCUUUCGGCUUCUCCUUGUCAUUGUACGCUCUCGUGCUCUUCACUUUUGUUUCUCCGGCCUGCUCGCUUUGGUAUAAUCCAGUGUCAAUGACGGAUGGGAACAAAGCCAAAGAGUAUGGAGUUGGAGUUGCGGCACUUGCAUGCGCCACUGUUAGCCUCAUCGCUUCUAUCGUUUGUAUGUACUGGUUCUGUCGAUUUGCAGGACGCUUUCGCCACAGAUUGAUUAUGAUAUUGAUAUACGGCGACCUUAUGCGUGGGGCGUGGCUCUUCGUUUUCGCUACCAUUUCCCUAGCACGCGGAACUGUCAAGACUGGAAGCACUUUCUGCCAGGUCAGCGGAUUUCUGGUGCAGUACGGAACGCAAACCAGUGACUAUGCUGUCUUGGUAAUGGCCGUACACAGCGCGAUACAAGUCUUCAACCCAUCAACGCGUGUCAGCUCGGAUGGCCUUUACCCCUGCCGCCGAUAUAUCUACGUUGGGGCCUUCGUACUCCCGGUGCUCAUGGCUGGCUUGGCCUUCAGCAACCCGCGCCAGGCGUAUGUGUCGCAGGGUGCGUUCUGCACGCUUCCAGUUCGUCCCUUUUGGUAUCGGCUGGCACUUACCUGGGUCCCACGAUAUAUCAUCGUUAUCACAAUUAUCGGGCUGGCUGUAGCAAUCUAUGCGCACGUAGGCUUCAAAUUUCGCGGAUACUCGAAUGUUGAUACAGGCUUCGAGGGCCUCAAAACCUACGACGGCCUAAACUCGACCCCACAUGACACGCAAAACGAGGCAAAGAUGGAUGAUAUCACAUUUGAGCUUCACGAUACGCAGUCAAGACCACAACCACAGCGUCGGAAAUCGUCAAUAGGACACGACAUCUUUACAGCCCAGCGCCAGUCAUCGUCAGCCCUAGCCCUAAGUCCUACUUCCUCACAUGUGCCCCAACGCGUCUCCUUUGAGAGCGGAAUAGCCCAGUCUCCUCCCACAACCUCCUUUCAUCUUGCUCGCUCCCGUCCCUUCCUCUUGGCCAUUCCCUCCGGCCACAGCAUCAACAAUACCAUCUCGCCCUACGACGGAACAUCACGCUCGAACGGCAGAACCACCAACGACAACAGCAACAGCAGCUCGGAACCCACAACCCUGACCCCAUCCUCCAAAUCACUACGAACCCUCUCCCCCACCUCCCCCGCCCAAGUUCGCCUCGAACGCCAGCGCCAACGCAUCCACCGCCAACUGCGCCUCAUCUUCAUCUACCCGCUCGUCUACACGCUCAUGUGGCUGAUCCCCUUCGCCAUGCACUGCAUGAACUACUGGAACAAGUACGUCGACCAGCCCGUCGAGUUCCUGCGCAUCGGCAGCAGCAUGUGCAUCUGCAUGAUGGGCGCCGUGGACGCGCUGAUUUUCUCCGUGCGCGAGAAGCCCUGGCGCGGCAUGCCGCGCUCCGACGGCACGUUCUGGGGCAGCUUUGCCGUGCGCCGCAGGCAAUCCGACGUGGGCGAUGCUCUGAGCGACGGGGUCGGGGGCAGUAGUGCGGCGAGCGCGAGGCGCAGGGGGAGUCACAGCUAUCGGUCAAGUGCGAGCGGGGACUUUGCGAGGAUCGCGGCGGAGCAGGCGCGCCAGCGGCUGGAUCUGGAGCGCGAGGAGAGGCUGAGGGCGUUGGGGGAGCGGCCGGUGCGGGAUGUGUAUGCCUUGGAUUUUUACGAAGGGGGGAAGAGGGGCGGGAAGCGGGACUCGGUGCAGCUGGGCAUGUUGAAUGUGGGGGACGGGAGUGAUGGGAAGGUGUACGAUGAUACCGGGCUGGAGGACGAUACUGUGGAGACGGUGCAAGGCAGGAGAAAGAAGUGACGGGACUAUAGGCCCCGCGGGUUUAUCCUGGGCUUGAAGUGUGUUUUAGUGGGUUUGCAUGGCGUGGUAUCGUUCCAACGGGAUUUCUUUCUGUAUGUGGGCAUGCUCUUAAUUGUAACCUUUCGUCUCCUGGUUCGGCUCACUUGCCUACUCGAAAGACAGUUCGUGUUGCUAUCCAGCGCCGACGCCCAAGUGAAAUGUCUACCUGUCGUACACGCACCCAUCAUUACAACGAGGCGAGCUAAGCGGUGCGGUCGCCGCACAUGGAUGACCGACAGAUGCGGUCUCUGUUGGAACGAAAGCCGCUCGUCCCUAAUGGCCUGUCAUAUCUUCCGUCACCACUUGCAGUGACCAAACCGGCCAAGGGAAGUGCUGUCACAUUGGUCAACCACGUAA